AUGGCGAUACAACCACCAGGAUCGUACCCGCAGAACAGCAAAAAGGGAAAAGCCAAAAAGAAGACCGGGCAGGAUGCAUUUGCAAGGAAGGAGUGGUACAACCUCCGAUCCCCUUCUAUUUUCCCAAAUAAUAUCAACGGAAAGACCCUUGUGGCAAAGUCUUCAGGCAAGAAUGCCUACAUGAAGAUUAUAGGAAGAAGGUACGACGUCAAUCACGCAGAUCUUACUAAGAAUAACGAUGUCGCACACAGGAAGUUCAUAUUCAAGAUAGGUGAGGUCAAGGGUGCAGAUUGCAUUGGAUUUUUUGAUGGAAUGGAGCUAACGUCUGAUAAGCACAAGGCAAUGAUCAAAAAAUGGCAUUCUCUCAUCGAGGCUGAAAAGGAUAUAGUUGCAAAAGACCAGAGUGUUUUCAGAGUAUUUGUCAUGGCUGUAACCAAGAGACCACAUGGAUAUACAAAGAAAACAUGUUAUGUUAAGCACUCUGACGAGAAAAGGAUCAGAAAGAUCAUGUUUAACGUUAUCGAGGAGGAACUGGGAGGACGCAGUGUCGACGACAUCAUGAACAAGCUUGCAAAUGAGACUGUUGGGAAAAGGAUUGAGGAGCUAGGGAGCGAGAUAUUCCCUCUGCAGAGUUGCUGUGUUAGAAAGGUCAAGACAAUCAAGAGCUACCAGACAGCUUCCAUUGCUCAGCAAGGGGAAGUCAAGGCUGAAGCUAAUUAA